GCUUGUGUCACCAACCACCAACAAGCCGUCACCAAGGGUCACGCUUCAAGUACUUCUGUCUCUCACCAACCUCGUCAUUUUCGAGAUUAGAGCAGGCUUCGCUCGCUGUGCUGCUCAUCUCCCGCAAACCUCGACCAUCUCUUCCUUCAUUCCUUCGCUGGGCAAAGGUCGAGCUUCUAUUCCAACUUUCGCUAUCCCCAGAUCUUCACGCGGAGACCACGUCGGUUCUCAGCGAGCUCUGUGCGUUUUUAAGAUUGGCACCGACUCCUCAAAAGGGGGCGAUCACUGGCCACGCACACGCUAGCUUUCGCUACGAAAUGAACCAUUGUUCAAGGAGGGGUUGACAUUGCCACUACCCAGGACUGGACAGCCAUACCUCGACUUUGGAUUUCUAUACAGAACAUUUUUCCCGUUAUUGACAACAGCACUGGAGGCUCUUCUAUUCUACACCGUGGGCAUAUAGCAAACCAGCAAACAGCACGGCUGUCCCAUGUAUAGUACAGGUACAACAUGACCAUGACGCAACCAGCCUCGUUCGUGCCGUCUCAGGCUUCUCCGAACAGGCCCUCGACUCUCCUCAGUCUUCCGCCCGAGGUGAGGAACUUGAUCUACAGAUUUGCCUUCCAAGAAUCCGAGCCCUUGCGACUACGAUGCCCUUCACAACGACGCCUACGCCCAUCGCGACCCGGCAGAGAUGACACGCGCGCAUUUCUGGAUACCUGCCGUCUCAUCAGGUCCGAGGCCAUCACCAUGUACUACAGUCUGAACGCACUAGUCUUCCGCUCAACUGAGCACGUCCUGGCGUUCUUGGCCGACCCCGAAAUUCACUCAGCCAUCAAAUCCUCGAUAAUGCACGUCGCUGUCGACUUUGGCGACGCGACCGACGCCGACUCUAUUCUCAAAGACCAAAUCGUUCUCGUCGACACCUGUGUGGGCAGCCUUCCCCGUCUGAAAGCUCUGGAGACCCGCUUCUACGCUCGCACACUGGAUUCUUGCUCACUGUCGCAUUUCCAAACCCUGGCGCUGGCUCUCGACGGCCUUGACGCCGAGAUGAACGCCCCGCCGUCGCCGAGGACGCCCCGGUCACCGCGUGGGUCGCGACAGAGCUCCAUCUCCAGCAGUUGCGCUUCGUCGCCCGUGUCUGGAUCAGAAUGCUCCAGCACGUGUUCGAGUCCGCGCAUGGAACAAUUCACGUGUGAGCCUGAGUUGGAGGAGCCUGAGGAAGAACUGGAUAUGUCGGCCAUCCAGGCGGAGGUGCUGGAACAGUACUGCUUCACGACCUCGGCCGCCGUGGCCUUUGCGACCUCCAAGCUCAAGUUCUCCGUCGCAGCGUCUUCACAUGACUACUCUGCCGUCAAGCACGACAAGCUGAUCUGCUACAAUCUUCGCAUUGGCGUCGAUGGGAUCCGGAAUGCUCUCGGCGACGCCAAGGAUGCUGUCGAGCAACGUCUCAGUCGCGUCGGCAUGGUGCCUCGAAGGCUGAGCGAGGUCUACGAUGUAGCGGCCGAUGGCGGGUUCCACCAACGCGUGCGGGCGACGAUUGCGUCCUGCGCGAGGAUCGAUGUCGGCGUUUCAUGAAUCCGGAGAUUUCUGCCUCCUUCGCGCGGAAAUUUUGAAGCUUGAAGUCUCGAUCCGGUCCCCCUUGGGGGCUAAAACUAUUUCUUGGCUUGUCGGAACUCCGACUAUCCACGAGGCUGAAUGCACCUUGUUUGCGAGGCGAAGCGAAGUGGGGGCUGAAGAGUUGGAAGGGUGUGGCCAGACCCGAUAGACCUGAUUUGGCACUGGGGGCCGGAACGAGAUCUGGGCGCAUUCGGAAUGGCUAUGGCGGCAUUUUGUUACACGCAUUCUUCACGCUUCCUUUAUAUUUUUGGACCCCAGAUACCCUGUUUACUAUCCUUAUCAUCUAUGUAAUUAUUAUACGAGAUGACGAAAUGAGAUAUGAUUAUGACCAACAUUUAGGUUCGGUGGCAACGUAUGCUCACAGGCCAUGCCAUCGACUGGAUCGAGAACCUCUUCGCAUGGGUGCCAGGGUGGUGUGCAUGAAGUCAGAGAGUCCCAAGAUAUCGGAUUCCGUACACUGCUCUGGCGGCGGCCCAAAGUUCGAAUGAUCUCGCAUCACAACGUGUGGUGUAGAUGCGCCACGGCUAUGCCUCUCGGUUUAAUAGUCUCGUGGGACUUGCGGUUCGAAGGUGACUUUUCACCGGUCCUUCUUCUGUGCUGCGAAAUUGUCCACAAGCACAUCGAUUGAGCCGCCACGGCGCUGCGCAUCGUAGGAGGAAGCUUGACGAAGGGCGGUGGGUUGAGGCAAUCCGAUUUGAGGGAUUGAGGCGAGGAUAGGACUAUUGACCAAUCUCGGCCAAAUUGGCAAUCGUCCUGGCCGGCUGGAGUAUGAAGGCCCUCGGAGGAAUGGUCACUGCAUGCUGAAGUAGCAAGGACUACCAUCACCGCUUGAAGUCCAAUAUCCUCUCCAGUCGUGUCCAUGCAGCCUCAAUUUCGCCAGGAACAUCUACAUGAGAAAUGAAACCCUUGCCUUUAGGACCGUACCCAUUUUCAUCGUCCCUGAGCCGCGGUAUCUCGCCCAUGAUCAGAUCGAAGAAGCGUUGAUGAUCCCAAAGCUCUGACUCCUGGUAUGCU